GGGUUUGAAGGGCUGCGCAACCAAAACAGUACUAACAGGACGAAGCCUCUGACGGAACUUUCCGGCACCUUCUGCUCCUAAUCUGACAACAAAAACUGUCAGUUUGACGUUUCACUUGUGUGUUAUUUUGACAUAAAAAAAGAAUGUUUGUUAACGCGUCAAAGAGAUCGGCUAAAACUUUAGAGUCCACAGAGGCGGACGUCCGCGAAGACGAGGAACAAGCCAUCAAAUUUCAGGAAAUAAUUGACUUGUUAGUCGCUGCCGGUUAUUUUCGUGCAAGAAUCAAGGGUCUGUCAAGUUUUGACAAGGUAGUUGGAGGAAUGACAUGGUGCAUUGAAUCAUGUAACUUUGAUGUCGAUGUGGAUCUGUUGUUUCAAGAGAAUCUUACCAUUGGUCAAAAAAUUGCAUUGACCGAAAAAAUUGUUGCAAUGCUUCCCAAAAUGAACUGUCCACAUCGCAUAGAGCCUCAUCAAAUUCAAGGAUUGGAUUGCAUCCAUAUUUUUCCCAUUAUACAGUGGCUCGUAAAACGAUCUAUGGAAAUGCGUGAGGAAAUGGGAGACUUUGUUAGAUCUUAUGCGAUCAGCCAGUUUGAUAAGAAUUACGCAUUUGCAGAAGAUAAUGAAUGUGCUACAAAAAAGCAGAAUAUCAUUCAGAAUAUCAAGAUUGUCAAGCAAGUUUACACACCUCAGCGUUACUUCAAACGUAAAGAUGCCCCACCAGAUGAUGAGAUGGAAAAGGUUCAAAGUACAUUGUUGGAAUAUGGAUCUUCAUCCCUAGUAUCACCAUCGCCUUCUAUAGCAACUGAUGACGCGUCUACAGAAGCCGAUGCCCUGAGUGCGCAGAAAGUUCAAGACGAAGAGAAGCGCAUAGACGAGCUCAUGAAGAAUAUGUCUGUUGCCGAUGACCACGAGGGUCGUCUAAGCGCCAGUGCAGUUGGAAGUCUUGUAGGGAUGCAGGCUAAAGAAAUUGUGCAAGUUGCUGAACAUUACGCCGCACUGAGUAUGGACGUGAAGGGUGAUAGUGUGGAAAGUUCUUUCGGAGUGUUGGCUGCCUUAGAAAAGCAGAAGGCAGCUCUCCAGGAAAGGAAAUUAAGACUGGGGAAAGAAAAGGACGAUUUAAAUAACAGAGUUUCAGAAGCUACGGAUAAAUUGAAUGCUAUACACGCGAAACGGGAUACUGUGCAAGAAGAUUUUCAAAGGAUGGAGGAAAUGGAGACCAGUGAAAACAAAAACAUACUGUUGAGAUUACAAGAGCUCCUCCUCAUGCACGAUAAUCUUAAGGACCAAGAACAUAAAUUCCGAGAACAGUGCAAGUCUGAUUUAAAUCACCUACAAAGUAUAGUGUCGGAUGUUGAGAGCACUGAACCAGGUGAAACUCAAUGUGAUGCUUCGGAAUAUGAAAUACAGAAAGAAAAAGUGAAUCAGCUAAGAUUACAAUUAGCUAAAAAAAACAGAGCCAUAGCAUCACUAACAAGGCAGUUAGACGAUGUACCCGGAAGAUCGGAGUUGACGCAAUAUCAGAGACGAUUUUUGGAAUUAUAUAAUCAAGUAUCUGCCAAACACAAGGAAACCAAGCAGUAUUACACGUUAUAUAAUACUCUUGAUGACACAAAAUUGUACUUGAGUAAAGAAUUGACUUUGCUCAAUUCUAUCCAAGACAACUAUAACGAAGCAAUGUCAUCCGCGAGUGGCAAAGAGCAAUUCCUCAAGCAGUUUGAAGCCAUUGUAGCUGGCAUUAAACAAAAUAAAACAAAAGUAGAGAAAAGGUGUGCAGAUGAACGAGCCCGAAGGGAUAGUUUGAGUCAACAACUAGUAACACUGGUAGAACAGCAGCGUAGAUAUGUAGCAGCAGUUCGCCAAUUAACAAUUGAGUGUCGUAAGAACGAAGCAUUACUUGCUCAACUUCGAGGGCCUUGACCUGCCGAUGCAAUCGAUAAUAUCACAUAAUAAGUUAAUACGUUAUCUUACCUAUGUAGAUAAAUAAUAAAUAAAUGUUAUGGUUAAUCAUU